AUGUAUAGAGAUUUCACUAUAAAAGUAUAUAACUCCGAAUUCAAUGGAUAUAUCCUUGAGCUUGAGAGUUGCGUUUGGAUUUGGGUUGGAACUGGAAACUUGAUGUCUUUAGCUUUAUCUUUUUAUCCUCGCUCAACUGUUCUAAUGGAUGUUGCGAACUCACAAAACAUCCAUAUCAAGUCGUUGAGCUCGAGGAUAUCGAAUACCAUGAAGACAAAACAAGUUUUCUUUUCUACUGAUAUCGAAGAAGAAGAACCAAAAUUCUGGAAUGAAUUAUACAUAGGGUUGAACUCUGAAAUUGAAAAGGCUGCAUUAACAACUAAGAUGUCAUCCAUAAAACUUACUUGA